CUGACUAUGAUCCGACAUGCGCAGAUCGCAGAUAAUAUCGUUCGCAACGUUCUGCAAUGAUCAGAUAUUUGAUGGCGUAUGCACGCCGACUCAUGAUUCUCGAUCAGUAGGGAAUUGUGGUAGAAGUAUGAAAGAUCGGGAUUCCGAAUUGUCUUCCUGUUGCAAUAUAGUUGCUCGCGCGAAGUGUCACGCGUGUCACGGAAUGUAACCUAUAAACGUAGGAGAAUUGGUAAACAUCAAAAACACACACGGAUAUAGCAGGUGGCCUCGGUCUAGAACGAAUGUUUACUAAAAAGCUCUAUGUCAUCACGAUAGUAUUAAGAAAACCGCCGUGCGAAGCAUCCACUGAACCCGUCUAGAAAUGAAAAUAACGAAAUCCACUGUAGCUCUUCUGGUCUCUGUGUUAAUGUUGUCGAUCCUCGUAGCUAAUGUUGCCGACUUGAUCAAUGUCGACACUCAUGUUUUGGACGAGACAUUAUCCAAUAAACAAGCGCGAGAAGAAUGGUCGCAUCCGAAGUUUUACGAUAUUGGAACGUCGUUCGACCACCUGAUUUGGUUUUUACAGAUUUCGGACAUACACAUCAGCAUAUUUCGAGAUCCAUUUAGGAUAACAGAGUUCAGAGAUUUUUGUAAUGUUACUGUGGAUAUUAUUAAACCUUCUGUUGUGCUUGCUUCAGGUGAUCUCACAGAUGCAAAAACCAAAGAUAAGAUGGGAUCGAAACAAAUAUUAGAAGAAUGGCAAUAUUAUAAGCAAGUGUUAGAUGAGACUAAAGUUAGCAAGAGAACACUAUGGCUAGACGUAAGAGGCAAUCAUGAUAAUUUCAAUGUCGUUAGUCUUGAGGCAAAGAAUAAUUAUUAUUCCAAUUAUUCUAUCCAAGGGAAAGUACAUCCAAGAUCUUACAUGUACACGAUAAAUAUUGGUUCUGAAUUAUACACUUUUAUUGCUGUGGAUGCUUGUCUAAAACCUGGUCCAAAAAGACCAUUCAAUUUUGUUGGAGUAUUAGAUGACCAAGAAAUGAGAACUAUAAAUGAACUGGUAAAUAAGUCUCAGGAAAAUAAUGCUGACUUUAUAAUAUGGUUUGGUCACUAUCCCACUUCUUGCAUACUUUCACAAACCAAUACAGGUGUUAGAAAUGUUAUAGGCAAACUCAAAGAGAGUAUGGUAUACCUUUGUGGGCAUUAUCAUACACUCGCUGGAACGGUACCAAAUAUGUAUACACUGCAACAGGCAGGAUUUCUAGAAUUAGAAUUAGCUGACUGGAAAGAUAAUAGAAUGUACCGUGUAGCAACAGUAGAUCAUGGUCAGUUCUCUUUUAUUGAUGUCAAAUAUGGAGAAUGGCCAGUGAUAUUGAUUAGCAACCCUAAACAUGCUUUAUAUAUGAUGCCUAGGAAGGAAAAUGUUUUGUCCAUUGUUAAAUCCACACACAUCAGAGUGCUGGCAUUUUCAAUAGCACCAAUAAAGAGCGUCAAAGCUCAAUUGGACGAUGGUGUUUGGUUUAAGUGCGAACAUAUUAAAGGACCUCUUUAUACUUCUAAAUGGAAUACAACAGCAUUCCUGGAUGGGAUACACAUUAUUCGAGUAAGAGUUGUAGACUCGGAUGGUAGAGAGACAAUAGUUUUCCAGCCUUUUGCUCUUGACGGAUCUCGUCUAUCAUUCCGUAUUCUACCUCGACUAAUACUUAUGUCAAAUGUCAGCAAUAUCUUUCAGACCUUGUUUGGAACAAUGUUAAUCCUGUUAGUGGUCCCAUUAUGUUUACUACGUUUUCUUCACAUAUUGUGUGAAAAAAAGCAACUGCAUCGGCCGAGGUUUAGGAUAAAAUUUGUUCACUUAUGGCUCCGGAAAUUAUGGAUAUUAUCCACUGUUAAUCGCUUGUGUUUUCCAUUAGUUAUAUAUGCGUUAUAUUUAACAGUUGGUCCAUGGGCCAUUGGUGAAGUUGUAGAUAAUCAUACUGGCAUAAUCUUCGCGUGGGGAACGUUUGUUGGAAAUUCUUAUCUUCCCGGUGCCUUUACCUAUGCCUACGGAUUUUUUCAAUUGUUUUCUUUCCAUUUACCACUUACGUUAAUCUUAGCUCACAGAGUAGAUAAACGGCUACAGAGUAUUGACAAACCUGAUUAUAAAUCAGUCUCCAAAGUUUGUUUUCUAUGGCAGCAGUUGCCAAUAACGUUAUUGGUUCUAAUGCAAGCAAAUAUGGUUUACUUCUUUUGGUUAGCAUAUGGGACACUAGCUACUAUGUUGUGUCCCUUACGCACGUGGAGCAUUUUCUUAGCAAUAAUGUUAUGGCAUCAAGUGAAUACAAUGCCACCUUCAUGUUUAAGAUCUGCAAUAGCAAUAUGGUCAUCCCAUGGUUAAUUUAUACAUAGUACAACAAUUCUAUACCAGAACGUAGCAAGUUACUAAUAUUUAUUUAAUACAAUUAGACGAUUUCACGCUUUUGCGUAAACACCGGUUACUUAACGAAAAAGUUGCAUGCAUGUUGAGUGAAUUUAUAGAAGAAUUUUCGAAGUCUAUAACAACCAUAAAUAUACAACAUUUAAUUUAUUAUGUGUCAUAGCUUUGACACAUUUUACAAACCUAAACACAAGUAUACAAGUCUGUUCAGAGUAUUAGCUUUUUUUACAUGUUGUGGAAAAAAAUGUAACUCCUAAUAAUUAACCCUUUUGUCGAUAAAAUAUUAAGGAAAGCCUUUUGAAUAAAUCAGUGUGAGAUUUAUAUACAUCAUGUAGAAAGAUUCGACUACAAGUCGGACCAAACGAAUCCUAAACAAGUCGGACCAAAAAAAAAUAGAAUUAUUAAAUAAUGAUAAAAGAACUUUACACUGCAAAAAUGUCGGACAUCUUUUUCUGUACAUUAGCGAGCAGCGAAAGGCUUAAAUAUUAGGAGUUCAUUAUUCAAUCAGUUCCUUUAGAGAGUGCCACAGAUUUUGCUUAUUACGAAAGUUAAGUUGAAAACCGUUUACAUUGAAUAUAUUAUUAUAAUACUCGUAAGUUAAUUUUUAUCAUUUUACACAUACAGAAAUGAAUUUCUAUAUUAUUUUCAAAUUUAAAAUAUGAAAAUAUGUAUUGUUUUUAUUUACUAUGAUAUGUUAUGUUAUGUUAUGUCUUUCAAAGAAUUUUCCUUUAUACAACGAUAAUUGAAAUGCUUCCACGUUAUAUUUUAAUUAUAUUUAAACAUUAUUAUAUACGUUGUGCAAAAAAGAAAUACUGUUAAAUUACAGGAAAGGGGAAAAAGAGUGCUGCCAUGUAUUUUUUUUUAUAUCUUGUAUUUGAUAUUUAAGUUACUCAUCAGUCUUUCUGUUUGAUCAAGUUUCAAAUCUGUGAUAAUAAGUAAAUCUAACAGCACAUGAAAGUGGCAUGUUAAAACAUAGAGAUAUGACAUUAAUUUUUAUAAUGUAAAUUUAAUUUUAAAUCGGAUAUGUUUCCGGACUGAAAUUGGCAUCUUAAACGUUGGUAUAACACUGUAAAGUCAAAUGAACAUCUUUUUAAAGAUGUAAAUCAGUAUUUCCUUAGAAGAAUAGGUUUUAUUGCUAUUCUAUAUUUUUCUAUAGACAAUCUGAUUGUCACUAUUGUUGAAAACGAUUUCAAAACUGCAAAAUGUGAUCUCGACGUAUCGAUGAUUCCCAAAUAGUACUCUACUGCAGUGCUCUACAGUAUCUCUUAUAUGUAUGCCAAAUCUAAUAAAUGAGUUUAACAAUUGCAUUAUCCAGUUUAUCGUCAAUGUAACAUUAUUGAAUUUUUUUCACGCUGUUUCCGAGAUUCUGGCAAAUGUGUUAUUUUAUGAGCAUUGGGAAUCAUUGCGAUAAAUUCUUUUGUCACAACGAGUGUGUGUACAUUUAAUGUAUUUUAUAAAGCACUAGAAGAAAGAAGCAAGAUAAUAUUAUUUUCAGACCUUUCAUAUAUAGCAUAGAUUAUAUGUAUAUGACCUUAACUGCUUAUGUGAUACAAAUCAUCUGUAUGUGUGUAAUAUAUUCAUAGGAAGCAGAAGAAGAGUAACGCAUGUGGGUGUUAAUAAAUGUUAUAUACAACAA